AUGGCGGCACGCGUGCGUGAGCAGAUCAGCGACCUGGGGCUCAUAUGGCUGGACGGCAUUGGCGGGGACGCCAGGCACCUGCUGCUCGAGGACAAGGAGACGGGCGACGUGCUCUUCCCCCUCGUCACCCUCACUUCCCGUUUCCAUCGCGGCCACAGUCGCAAGCUAUCGAGCCUGGCGUACCGUGUGGUGGUGCUGCCCGACUGGCCCAUGGCGCGCGCAGGCCAGGCCACCAGGAAGCGCAAGCAGCCAGGGGACGCGGGUGCGGAGGGAGGGGCGCACAAGAAGGCAGUCGCGGCGGGGGGUGGGGUGACGAGGCGAGCAGCGGACACAGGACACGCGAGUGACGUGAGUGGAAAGGGGAGGAAUGGGCCUGAAGCAGAUGUGGAGCAGGAGAAGAAGGAUGGAGAGGGGGGAGCGGAGCACGACACGGGAACGUGCAGGCAAGCAGAUGGGUCGGGCAAGGGAGAGGAAGGUGGAGCGGACGGGGGAAGUGCUGGAGAGGUGAGGCCGCAAACGGCAGGAGUGGAGGGCUAUGCGGUGGGGAGGAGUGGCGGAGAGGCGUGUGGCGCACAGGGGAAGGAGGAAGGCGGAGGGGCGGGUGCAGAGGAGAGGGAGGAGGAGAUGGAGGAAGAGGAGGAGGGCAGGGAGGAGGGUAGCGGUGGGGCGUACGAUGCAGUGGCGGAGAGGGAGGAGUUGGAGCGGCUGAGGGCGUUUGGGGAUAUCUGCUGGCUGGAGUCGUUCAAAGCACCGCCCAACGUGCUGCAGCAGCUGGCUCAGCAAGUGGGCGACAUGGGGGGGGAGUUGAGCCUGGCGCCACUUCCAGUCGUCUACAACUCCAUGGCUCGCCGACCGGGGAUCCAGGAGCACAAGUUCUUCCGCAUCCUCUACCGCGCCAUCCGCCUCACCUCCUAUUACCAUGUGCUCAAGCACUCCCCGGGCAUGGAGCAGGCGUUGAUGGACCACCACUGCCCUGCCUUCCCCCCACCUCUUGUGCGCACCAACGGCACGAGGCGCUGCAGCAGGUGUGCUGAGUCGCCCAUGCGAGGCCCGAUCAGCUUGCAGCACACCUUUGUCAAGUACACCCUGCCGGUGCAUGACGCAGACAGCGACCUGCUGCUGGCCUACCGCCUGCUACCCAUCGCGCGCUUCGUGCCACUCCACGCGUGCUCUCAGCGCUGGCAGCAGCUGCAGCACGUGCGCACACAGCGGAGCGGCGAGAGCGAAGGGAAGGAGGGGGAGGAGGAUGCGCACAUGGAAGCGGAACAAAGACGCCGAGCCAGGAUCUCUGACAGCAUUGACGCACUAAAACGACUCGUUCCGCACCAGGGGCGGACCAACACGGCAGCGUUUUUAGCGGAGGUGUACGAUUACAUCGAAUCCCUGCAUUCCCGCAUUCGACGCAUCGAGGAAGCCACAAACUCAGCGGAGCAGCCCUCCGUGCCUGCUUCUGGAGCCAAGGCGGCGGACAACGCCAAUGCCCCGCCGCAAACAGCACGGACUCCUAAUUCCAGUGACGAACCCUCGGGUGACGAGGCGGACGAAGCGACGGGGGAACGGGCGCAAGCGAUGGAAGGCAAUUUCCGUGUCGAUGGUGGGGAAGAAGCACGAGCGCAGUGUCGCGUUGACGAGCAACAACUCGAAGGCUUCGAUCUGAAUAUGAUAGCCGUGGAAGGAACGGUGCGGGAGGGCACGGAGACGCUAGAUGUUAGCGCGAGUGGCGCAAAGAACGUUAAUGACCUCGCGGGGAAGAAGCGGCGACGGGACAGUUUUGAUUCUUCUGUCGUUAAGCCCGCCUCGGGCGCAUGUGGACAAGAUGGGACCGCAGAUGUGGGCACGAAACCGUGGUGGCUACGCCAAAACGAGCUCAAGACAACCACGGCUGAUGCGCGGCGAGAAUGCGGUGAAUCGGCCGCCGUUACAGUUGAGAGGCAACAAGUGGGCGGGCACGCGGCGUGGACAGAGGAGCUACCCGGGCUCGCGCCUUCGCCGGAGCAUCCACGGCAGCACGCGGAGCUUCAGAGUAAUGACGGCGUCUCCGCUUCCUCGCAUCCCUCCACGGCACCUCCGCCGCUUGCCACUCCACUAUCCGCGUCCACGUCCCCUUCUUGCUCCGCUGGCAGCUCUGCUGCGCUGGGUGCCUCUCCCGCUCCCCGCCGGCGGGGCGCUGCGCCAUGCAAGGGUCGUCGCGGGCGGCCAGCGCUUGGCGCACGUGCACGGACUGAAAUAUCGCCGUCACCGCUUAGCAGCACUGGCGGUAACGGCUGCGGUGUGGAGGAGGAAAUGGAAGACGCGGCGAAACGCAACGCACCUGGUGCUCACGCGGCAGCGGCGGAAGCGACGCAGGUCCUGGACAAUGAUGGUGGCGAUGCUGACGGCGAAGUGGAUGCUGCUGUGGAGGCGGCAUCGGUGCUGGCCAUGGUGGGGUCGUCGUGGUGUGAUGCUGGUCAGCCCAAUAACGUGCAGGCGUCCGCCGCUCCUCCGGCUGAUGCCGCCGCUCCUGCUGCCGCUGUUGCCCCUGCUGCUCGCGUCACUGGACCCGCCAACCAACGACAAGCACCACUGAAGCCCAAGCAACGACAUCUCCAAUCAACCCGACUACAGCCACUUGCUGCUGCCCCAGCUUCCACGGUUGCAGCAUUGCCUUUCGGUCUUCCGUCCUUCUCAAUGCAGCUUCCCAUGUUUACCACCAUGCAACCUGCUGCACUGCCUGCGGUUCAGCAUCCCUCAUUAGCUUCUGCGGCAGCAGCGGCUGCUGAUGCAGCAGCUGUGGCGCAGCAGUGGGGGAUGGCGGCUGCAGCGGCCCACAUCCAAGCGCAGGCAGCAGCACAAGCGCAUGCCCAGGUUCAGGCGCUCAUGCAAGCAGUGGCUGCAUCUGGAGGCACAAGUGCAAAUAACGGCGGUGCUCUGCUCCCAGUCACAUCUCCUACCGGCACAUCGCCUGCGCUCGUGGUUUCUGCCACUUCACCGCAACAGCCAGCACUAGAAGUUGCCCCAGCAGCAAACGGAGCUUCGGCAGUGCCAGAAGCUGUACCAGAGGGAGAAGUGGGGAGGAAACGGAGGCGGCGAGGUGUGGGUCAGGCCAAGGUGGUUUAG